AUGGCUAUCUUCGACUCAGAAAAGCGCCCUCGUGGCCUUCGCGUGCCCUCUCUCGCAGCAUUCAAGUCUUUCCAGAAGAAAUCGUCGGAACCUGUGCCCACCGAGCCUGUGCCCUCCGGGGAGUCAACUUCGCCUAAAGCGACAGCCUUCCCUACCCCUCCACCACCGAAGCCGGCGCCCCCGCCGGGCAAGGACCUCCCAGUGUCCCCGAAAGAGGAAAUUCCCGCACCGCAGACCUUAACCAACAACCCAUACUUCCCUCCGAUCCCCUCCCAAAAUGCAGUCCCAGACCGACGCCCAAUUGAACGGGUCCCCAAUCCAAUGCAGUCUCCUCCCCCUCGGAUGACAGGCCUGCGAAACAAGAAAUCACAGCCCGAUUUCCACGCACCCCAACAACAGACAACAAACUAUUUCGCGCCCCAAGCUCCGGCUGACGAGGCCAACUCCCCCCGCUGGAAGACUUCAUCCCAACCCCGGACAGCGCCGAACCGCCACUAA